AUGCCCAAGCUCAGACCACUAUGGAGGACUCCAGUUGCCAAGAAGGGUCCCAAGCCUUCCUCAAUCACUCAGGAAAAUCUUGCCAAGGCCAAAGAACACAUUCAGAAAGUGUCAAUGAAGCAUACCAUUGAAGAUGCUCUACUUGACAUCCAGAAGCAUCUGUUACUGACCUUGUUGAUUAGAACCAACCUUGAGGCUGUGAAUGCUCAUGCUCAUCAAGAGAUGAAUCUUGAGACUUGUGAGAUUCUUCUGGCAGAAUUCAAGGAAGGGAUCUGGACAGCAGAGUAUGAUGAGCAGAUUGCCCUUCUUAGUGGUGGUAAUGACAGUUGUCCUGCCAAAAAAGCUUGUCAGUACUCUCCUGACUGGGAUGAUGAUUUGGGCCUUUAA